AUUGCAUGCCUGGCAUCAACCACUCUGUGCGAGGGAGACAGGGAGAGAGAGAGUCGUGAUACACUUGGUCUGACGCUGCGCUUCAUUGUAUCCUCAGCGAGCGUGUGUGUGUGUGUGUGUGGACGGUCCUACUUGCAGAAUCCUUGGAACUGCAUCAGUGAUUUUCGACGAGGCUCAUUUCUUCCCAAAGAAACCCCACCACAAGCCUCGACAAGACGUUUGACUAAUAGUCUCUGUCCGCACAUAUAACCUACUCUGAAGAAGAGAGCAAAGACCAGUUAACUUCGCACUCUUGCAAGAUAAAAUGGGAGCGAAAAACAGCAAGCUGACCCCAGAGGUGAUGGAGGAUCUGGUAAAGAGCACAGAAUUUAACGAGCACGAGCUGAAACAGUGGUACAAAGGCUUCCUCAAAGACUGCCCCAGUGGACGACUCAAUCUGGACGAGUUCCAACAACUCUAUGUGAAGUUUUUCCCGUACGGAGAUGCAUCAAAGUUUGCCCAGCAUGCGUUCAGGACCUUUGAUAAGAACGGAGACGGCACCAUCGACUUCAGAGAGUUCAUCUGUGCCCUGUCCAUCACAUCACGAGGCAGCUUCGAACAGAAACUCAACUGGGCCUUCAACAUGUACGACCUGGACGGAGACGGCAAGAUCACACGGGUGGAGAUGCUGGAGAUCAUCGAGGCCAUCUACAAGAUGGUGGGGACUGUGAUCAUGAUGAAGAUGAACGAGGACGGCCUGACACCCCAGCAGCGAGUGGACAAGAUCUUCAGCAAGAUGGACAAGAACAACGACGACCAGAUAUCACUGGACGAGUUCAAAGAGGCAGCAAAGAGUGACCCCUCCAUUGUAUUACUCCUGCAGUGUGACCUGCAGAAAUAGAGGAGAGGGAGGAUUGAGAACCACCACAGACUGCACAGAAGAUUCAUGUUCCAUUCAGUUUGCAGCUAUUUCCACUGAAAAGAAAUUAUGCUUGGACUACCUUUCAAUGGAUUUGCUUCUUGUGUUUGAAACACUUGUGUGCAUGAGAAUGUUAAUUUGCUAUAAAAUAUUUACAUAUACACACACACACACUUACCGAGACACACCCCACGAAGAUACACACGCAUCACCACACACUCACUACAUAUUCACACCACGCACAAAUAUAUAUAGAGAUAUAUAAAUAUUAUUUAAAUUAUUUAAAAUCAACUGCCAAAAUGUAAAGUGUGCAAUGUAUUUUCCAUAGAUACCGUCUCAAUCCACUGGAGCUUUAGCAUCAGUGAUGUGCUAUGUUGAAUUACGCUACUACUUAUUGUUCUGAGUUUACUGACACUAGCUGUGUGUUUCAGAUAUUGAGUAAUGUCAACCAAACCAAAUUCCUAUGGUAACGUAACUGUUUCUGAUAAACCAUGUAUCCAUUCUUAUAAAAGAUUAGAUUUGGAUAGAUGAAGAGAUGGAUUAGUAGCCUAUUCAUCAAACACUUUUACUUCCAAACGUGCUUGUACUGUUGGUGAAAAUAAAUGUAGUUCAUUUGCAUGCCUUUAGGUUUCGCCUUAAAAAUAAUCUCCUCAUUUUGCAUUCUAUUAGAAUAAUGAAGACAAAGCCUUAUUAAUGAAAUGCAGUUAAACAGUUAAACAUAAAAUAUAAUAAUAAUUGAAUAAGAAAAAUCAUAUUACAGUAUAGAUCCUUCUACAAGUAUUGAUGUAUGGGAUGUAUUUUUUGUGUUUGGUCAUGACAUUCUUUUUGACUGCCGUACAUGUGGGAGCAUGAAACUUGUAGAUAAUAAUAAUAGUUAUGAUGCUAAGAAAUCCCUGUUGCAUCUCUAUUUAGGAACGAGGAGAUAUUGAAUGUGGCAUAUUUAACAAUGACAAAACCAAUAGUCAACAAAAAUAUUUGUCUAAAAGAAAUGAAAUAAAUUGAAAUAAAAAUAAUCAGUAUUGUCAGGGGAAUUAUCCCCUGUGAGUCAUAACCAAUGAGAGGUUGUAAUAUAAAAAGCUAUCUGAAAAUGAAUCUCAGCCCUUUAACAAUGAAGAGAUUUUAAGUGUAUUUUAUCCUACCUACUAUUGGUCCAAUUCGUUUUAGUCCUAUGUCAUCACACCAUUUCUUCAAUGUAGUUCAAUGUAGAUACAGGUUGCAUAUCAAUGUGCUGAAUUCGACGAAGUUCCUGUCAUGAGUUUAUUAAUACCACUAAUAGGUGUAAAGAAAAAAAUAACUAUGGCCAGUAUGACAUUGUGUUAAACAUCGAUCAGUAUAACCUCAUACUGUUUUGUCUCUCUCAGUUUAAAACAAUUGUGUUUAAAAACAAUGUCUUUAAGGAUCUAGUGAAUGCCAUUCCUUAUGAACCAAGCCAAGAGGACUAAACCCCUUAAGCCAUGUGUUUUGGUAGGCUAUACAGUUUGCCCAAAGUGUACCUAACGAUACGCUACUCUUUAUUGUUCAAAUUUUUCUACUUUUUUAUUCCUCUCUCACAUACUGAAGCAUACAAACUGUACAGUAGCUUCUUCCUUUUCAGGUGCAGUGUAUCCUAUCGUCCACGCAAGACACCAGCUUGGAAAUAGUCUCGGACACCUAGCCUGGUCCCAGAUUGGUUUGUGCGGUCCUACAACUCCUAUUGGUUAUUGUAACGGCACAACAUAGGAGUUGGCCAGACGGCACAAACAGAUCUGGGACCAGGCUGUAAGACCCCAGCCUGACUGGAUAAUAUUUAAUAAAUCCCCUGUACAUAUUAGUUUAAAGUAGACCCUGCUUGUAUAAAUCACUAUUACAAUUUGGUAACUAACUACCCAUUUUGUUUCACAUGCCAUCUGCUUAUUUGGGAGGAGUUAUUUUAAUCAUAUUCAAAUUGACUGCGAUGCCGAGACCAAAUCCAUCACGAUUCCUCAAGAGAUUAGGCUGACUGUCAUCUAAAACUUUCCAUGAACAUAUUUGCCCAGAAAUGUUUGUACUGAAAAAAAACUAUUAUCAGAUACCAAAUGUAAACAAUGGCAACCAUGUAAACUAAAUGAUUAUGUUGUACAUGUAGCAUGUAUUGUGUCCCUGAUGACAUGGCUGCGCUAGUCCUUGUGUUGUGAUUUAAACUAAUAAAAUAACUCUAUGGGC